AUGUUCUUUAACCUUCUAUCAUCCACUCUGCUGCUGGCAGCAACUACCUCUGCCCUUCCCGCCGAGGUAGAGCCCCGAGCAACAAACCAGUAUCUCACAAACUCACACACUGCCAUCACCGAACUUCAAACCUUCUACAACUCUCCUCGUCCCGGCUUCUGGAGCGCAGGCUGGUGGAACACUGCCAACUGCCUCACUCUCCUCGCCGAUCUGCGCGCCAAAGACAGUUCUUCAUUCUUGACAUCCAUCACCGAUGGCCCCAAUGGCGUCUUCAAACACACGCUCAGCAGUCAAGGCAAAGACAGCACUGGGGCCCUCAACUGGGACGACUUUNUUGACGACCAGUUGUGGUGGGUAGUUGCCUUGAUCAAGACCUACGAUGUCACCAAAGACACCAGCUAUCUGAUUACUGCAAACGAGACCUUCACUUCCGUCAAUCUAAACAACAAGCCUGCCAAUAACCCUUGUGGCGGUCUCGCCAACGCAUACCCUCACGAGCAAUAUCUGGUAAAAAGCAGCACAAUCGCCACAGUCCUAUACGUAGAAGCCGCAGCUCUCCUCGCCGUCCGCUACCCAUCCCAAAGCAAAUACUUCAUCAACCUCGCCAAAACCCAAUGGAGCUGGCUCUCCGAAAACAUUCUCAUCGAUGGCAUAAUGCAAGGAGAUGCUUUGACCGGUUCCCCGCCUUCUUGUGGCAACAACCACGCCUUCUUGACUUAUAUCGAGGGAGUAGCCCUGCAAGCACUGGUUGCCCUCUACCACGCCACUAACGAUGCCUCUUACCUCACCACCGCCGACACCCUAGCCACAAAGCUGCUUUCGGGUAAAUACGGCAUGAUGGACACCAACAAGAUCGCCCAAGAAUUCUGCGAUGUGGAUUCAUCCUGCAACCCCGAUACCGCACAAUUCAAGGGUGUUAUGAUGAGAGGAUUGCGUACCUUGCGCGAUGCAAAGCCUUCUGCCGCUGGAGGACAAAUCCAAGGUUUCUUGACCAAGAAUGCAGAUUCCAUUUGGGCGAACAGCAGACAGAGUGGCACGAAUCUGCUGGGAGAAAAGUGGGCGGGUCCGUUUGCGCUUGGGAGCAGUCAGGCGUUACAGUUGAGUAGCCAUAGUUCGGCUACUAUGGCUUUGGUGCAGGCGGCUUUGGCUAGCAUGUAA